CCUGAUUCGAUGGAUGCCAGCUCCAACCAACAACCAAUACCUCACCUCACGAAAAAGUCUCCCCACGACCCGACCUGCGAAGUGCGAACUAUCUUGCCGUCAGGCACAAGGGGAAUUACAAAGAACAGAUGGGUCUCUGGAGAACGGAAAGGUACCCAGCAUCGCCCGAAGGAUUUGAAGCAAGGGUUCCCCCUUCUCUUUGAAACUACUUGACUCUGUCGUAGGCAGUCCUUUUCAAACAUCAGCACGAAUAGAACCCAGCCACCACCCAACGAGGCCGUGCCUUGCCGCAACGAUUUUGUAUGUUGUAUUUUCUCAAUUCAACUCUCAAGUCGGUCCUUUGUUUCGGCAAAAUUUCAGAAUCUGAAGACUUUGAAUCCCCACUGGAGUCACUGGACAGCCUGAGAAACGAGAUCGAGGAGUCGCUUGUGCGAAGUGCUUUCGACAAUCGAUCAACAUUUCUCCCCCAGGGCGAAGUGCUUCGGUUAACAACUGAAGAGAGAAUCAGAAUGAUCUUUCUACAUGCUACGGACGAUUUGGUCCUUUUUAUCUGCACUGAGGCGAGACGAAUUUUCUUGGCUGUUGUAUUCAGCUCUAGGUGGUGUGACAAAACACUGUUCAAGAUCGCAGAGCAGCUUCAAACACAUAACAUCACCGAUAUGCAAUUGCCCAUUGACGACCUUUCAUCCAAUGGGAGUUGCAAAGUACUCCAGAGGAAGCUGAAGUCUGGCUGUACACACGCGGCGGCUCUAAGUGCCUUCCAUGAGUGGAAGGGGUUGGAGAUGAAGCGUUUCUGCAGGAUUCAGCAGCAGUUCAACUCACCAGUGUUCAAAAGGGGCGGAGUAGGGAAACAUUUUCCCACAGGCUGUAUUCUACCUUUCACAGAGGUCAAGUACAAUGUGAAGCAUGGCCACUUUAGCUCGGUCCAUGAGGCCAAGCUUCGAGCGGAUCACAUAGAUCACCCCAAGUAUAAUACCGAAGUUAUUCGCGUUGCUAUUAAGGAGCUCAUAUGUCCCCAAAACGAACCGAAGUUCAAGACUGAAUCGGCGUGGGGGCGCGAGGUCAAAGCCCUGGACGGCAUUAGCGAUAUUUGCCAUCCGCACUUGAUUGAUCGCUUGGCUGCCUUUAAGCGCGACCAAAAGCAUUUCAUUCUAUUCGAAUGGGCGGAUUCCGGCACUCUUAGAGACGUGUGGAACGAUAAUCCGAACAUCCACCUGCAGCUGAAUGGAAAACACAUCGAGUGGUUUUUAAAGCAAAUACUUGGCUUGGUCAGAGCCCUUUGUGAAUUACAUAAAUCCAAACCUCCGAAGAAGCCGCCCAUCACAGUGACUCACAAGUCAGAGGAAACCGGCAGGCAACAGAACGAUGCUGGUAUCCCCAUCAUUAUUACCAACGCAGACGGUGACGACAGCAGUACCAAGUCUACAAACACUGCGCCACAUUGGCGCCUUGGCGAACUCAAGCCCGACAACAUUCUAGCAUUUUCACACUAUAAUACCCUCAACACUUUCUUGAAGAAGUCUCCGGGGAACUCGAAUCAAACUCUCUAUUUCGCUACUCAGGGCCAACUUGGUGGAACGGCCCAGAUUAGCCAACUUGUGAACAGUCUGAUCAAUCAGAUGCUCGACAAGGACCCCGAGUGCAGCAAGUCUCUGCCGACUGCUAUUAGAGAUCUUGCCACGUUGGUUCGGGACAGACUACUGGUGGUUGCCUUGCCACCAAGAUCUUCAAGCUCUUCCGAGGAGUCUAGCGCCCAGUACCGCGCCAAAGCGGGUGAAUUGGAGAGUGAAAUGCUCCGCAUCUGGAAAAAGGCACGAAGCGAGGAUGCUUAUCUGUUCACUGGGACGGACCGAUCUGGUGCUCCGACACCUACGACUCUUUCUUCGGUCUCUACCAGCCCAGCAAAGAGAAAAGACUCAACUAGAAGGGACUCUGGGGUUUAUGUUGGGUUGUUGCCACAAAAGCGGAUCUAUCCUCAGUACGAAGAAGUUGAAUUCCGCCGAGUCGGGUCAGGCGCCACUCGUGUCUUGUCGAUUUGCGAAACCGGAACCCAUGAAUCGGUUACCAGCAGUCCCUUUGGCGACAUCCAAAUAGGUUUCCCAUUACUCCCCGAAAUCGAGACCGCGACAUAUUUCGAACUUCUCCGCCAAUGGUUACAGGACUGCGAUAAUCACCCCGGAUGCUCCCAUGAGAAUACCACAACCGGUCCCCUGAGGAACCCAACCAGGCUAAUCGAUGUGGGCGAGAUGGGGUCGACCAAGGUUCAUCUCUCUGAUACAAAACGUUGUGGGCUAUCUCAUCAGGGAGGUCUGAGAUAUAUCGCAUUGUCUCGCCCCUGGGGAGACGAAAAGUGUCACAAUCACUUCUCAACAACCAGCAAGAACAUUGACAAUCGUUUAGGAGAGGGAAUCGCCUUUGACGAGCUCCCGGCUACUUUCAAAGAUGCAGUCAAGGUCACACGAGAACUCAAGGUACAAUAUCUUUGGAUAGAUUCCAUCUGUAUCAUUCAGGGUGACGAUGGCGACUUCAAAGACGAAGCAGAGCACAUAGAGGAGGUCUUCAGCUUUGCGUACUGCGUGAUUGCUGCGAGCCGCGCCGAGGGAACUUCAUCAGGCUUCCUGGGGAAACGACGAAACAGGAAGUUUGUUGAGUUUUCGAAAUCUUCGGGCACUACGUUUUACGUUUGCGAAGCUAUUGAUGACUUUCAGCGGGAUGUGAUAGACGGGGCAUUGAAUAAGCGAGGAUGGGUGCUACAAGAGAGGGCUCUUGCCCGGCUGGGACAGCAUUCCUUUAUCCUCAUUAUUGCCUGGCUGAUAUUGGACAGCAACAAAGCCGCAUUUCUCAGCGACCCUGUUUCCCCAAAGGUUGCCACGAACUCUACGAAAGGUAGCCAGAUCCGUCUUUACGAAUCUCUUUACCGGCAGUACUCGACCCUUCAGUUCACCAAGGCAUACGAUAGACCAAUUGCCAUUGCCGGCUUAGAGCAGCGACUCAUACGAGCAUUUGGCAAACCUGGUGGUUUUGGCGUCUUUAAUCGCUACUUUAGGAGAAGUCUUCUAUAG